UGUGGCCUAAGCAGUAGAGCGCAAGGCGGCUAACCCAAAAGUCUCGAAUCCGGGUUCAAGUCAGUUGAACGUCCCUGAGUUCACCCAGCACAGAUGAGUACCUGUCUUAUGUUAGGGCUGAGCAAAGUGUUGACCAAGCCUUCCAUUCAAAUGCCUUCCUUUCAAGGAACAUAUGAAUUCUACAUCUGCCCAAUGGAUCGAACUAUUCAAGCAAAGAACACCCUGUUUUUGAACUGUUCUCGCUUUAAGUUCAAUAAUCAUCCUUGUUGGGCUCUCGGAAGAAUGUCUAUAACAUCAGAGCCAGCAAGCAAACAGCCGCACCUGAUGAAAAAAAUUGGCACUCAUAACGGCACUUUCCACUGUGAUGAAGUGUUAGCGUGCUUCAUGUUAACCCAUUUAGAUGAGUACAAGGAUGCUGAAAUUGUCAGGAGUAGAGAUCCCAAAGUUCUGGACACCUGUGAUAUAGUAGUUGAUGUUGGUGGUGUGUACGACCCAAGCAAGCAUCGAUAUGACCAUCAUCAAAGGAGUUUUAACGAAAGCAUGAAUAGCUUAAACCCAGACAAGAAAUGGGUGACGAAGCUAUCCAGUGCUGGACUCAUCUACUAUCACUUCGGCAUGGACAUCGUGGCGAAAGUUCUGGAGCUGCCGACUGACGACAAUGUUGUUAAGGUUGUCUAUGAUAAGGUGUAUGAGAAUUUUGUCGAGGAGAUUGACGGCAUCGAUAAUGGGAUUAAUCACUCGGAUGGUGAACCCAGGUACAGGAUCAGCACAAACCUCAGCAGCAGAGUGAGUACCUUCAAUGCCAAGUGGAACGAGAAGAAUGUGAAUGAAAUGGCCCAGUUUAAGAAAGCUUUAGAUCUGGUGGGCAGCGAGUUUCUGGACAGGGUCACCUACUACAAGACAACAUGGCUACCUGCACGUCAACUUGUGGCCGCUGCUGUAAAAAACAGAUUUGAUGUGGAUGAGAGUGGUAAAAUAAUCUGUCUUGAAGCAGGGGGACUACCCUGGAAGGAUCACCUGUUUACACUGGAGAAGGAACUGGACAUCAGCCCACCUAUAAUUUAUGUUCUGUUCACUGAUGACAAUGGUCAGUGGAGAGUUCAAUGUGUCCCAGUUAGCCUGAGCUCAUUUGAGAACAGGUUGUCACUUAAAGAGGAGUGGCGAGGACUGCGUGACGACGAGCUAUCUGAGAAGAGUGGAAUUGAGGGCUGUAUUUUUGUUCAUUCUUCAGGGUUUAUUGGUGGGACCAAAACCUACGAGGGGGCUCUCAAAAUGGCCAGGGAGAGUUUAAAUUCAUCCUAGUACCAUGUACUGUACAGAUUUUUGACAUAUACAUGUUUUCUAGAAAUAGGUGUCUCAUUUACAAGUUUGAACUAAAUAGAUGUUUUAGGGGAGGAAAGUCAAAUUGAAGUGAAAAAAGAGUUAUCCUGCAUUAACUUCUAAAUACUGUAAAGAUGUUCACUUAUGAGUAAUAUUGCUCAUUAGGUCAGAGUUAUAUGACUUGUAGAUAACUAGCUAAAUAUGUGUGGCUCUAUUUGUUAAGUACGAAGAACGCAUAACUAGAAAUAAAGAUAUAAUUAUAAAUGUUAUGUUUAUUUAAAUGUUGAUGUCGAAAUAAUUCAAACAUUGUGCAGCUCAAUGAUGUACCAGAGUUUUUACGUACUAUUGCACUUUGUGAAAAGCAUUUAAUUCAAUACUUUAUUUUGCUCAUUUUUUCCGUAGGAUUAAAAGUAUGUUUAUGUUAAACAAUAAGUUUUGUAAAGUUUUAUUUUGUUAACUUAAAAAGCAUACUGUGGCUAUGAUUUCUUUGUCACUAUAUUUAAAAAAAUAAAUAUGUUUUUUAAUU